CCGAGGCCUGCCCUCUGCUGGGAGCUGAGACAGUGGCCCUGCUCCUGGCGCUUGAGCCCACAGACCUGAAGGGAGUCCUCUCAGAAGAGGUGCGGAGGCAGGACUGGAUAUGCUGGAGGCCCCGCCCCUGCUGCUGAUAGCGACCUCGCUGGGCCUGGUGCUGCUGGCAUUGCUGGUGCUGCUGCUGCGGAGACACUGGGGCUUGUGGGUCAUCUUCUGGUACGAGUUGGUCCUGCAGCCUUUCUGCAACCUGCUCAUGGGUGACACCAAGGAGCAGCGUAUCCUGCGCCAUGUGUUGCAGCACGCCGAGUCCGGAAACCCAAAGAGCGUGUUGGAGGCCAUCGACGCCUACUGCUCACAGAAGGAGUGGGCCAUGAACGUGGGUGACAAGAAAGGCCAGAUCGUGGACGCGGUGGUGCGAGAGUACCAGCCCUCCGUGCUGCUGGAGCUGGGGGCCUACUGCGGCUACUCGGCUGUGCUGAUGGCCCGCUGCCUGUCACCUGGCGCCAGGCUGAUCACCAUCGAGCUCAACCCCGACUACGCCGCCAUCACCCAGCAGAUGGUGGAGUUCGCAGGCCUGCAGGACAAGGUGACCAUUGUGGUCGGGGCGUCACAGGACAUCAUCCCCCAGCUGAAGAAGAAGUACGAUGUGGACACGCUGGACAUGGUCUUCCUUGACCACUGGAAGGACCGAUACCUGCCAGACACACUGCUCCUGGAGGAAUGUGGCCUGUUACGGAAAGGAACGGUGCUGCUGGCCGACAACGUGAUCUGCCCAGGCACGCCAGACUUCCUUGCACACGUUCGCGGGAGCGGACGCUUCGAGUGCACACACUACUCCUCAUACCUGGAGUACAUAAGGGCGGUGGACGGCCUGGAGAAGGCCAUCUACCUGGGCCCCGGCAGCCCCGUGCAGCCCUGACUGCCCACUGCUCCGGGCUCCCCCGACAAGCCUGCUUCCCAGGCGUGGUGCUGUGCGCCUGAGAACGCACUUCUGCAGUUCUGGGGUCUGCCCCAAAUGCAAAGCAUGCUCAGGCCCCAGGCCUGGGCCCGCCCAUAGCUCCAGGCUGUGCUUUUUUAAGAAUCAAUCACGACUUCUUUACUAAAAUCUGCUAGAUGUAACCGUCUUCCCUGCAAUAUCAUGCUUUAAAAUAUAAGAUAAAAAUUAAAGAUUGAAAUGUUUAGA